UUUGGCGCGCCCAAACGUUCCACGAGAACUUGGCGACGGACCGAAUAUACAACAAUUAAUUACCACCUUAUCUCACAACAACACACCCUUUGCAAAAUCUAAAGUCUAAAGUGAGUUGUGUUUAAGUUACAAGUGCAUAUUCCAUUUUUCUGAACACUUUUCGGGAACUUUUUAUCGGUUUUCUAAAGUUUUUGCGCUGCGCAGCGGAACUCGUCACUCGACGAAGAUUUGUUCCUGUUUUGUUAAGUUUCUCAAUACUCACUCAGAGAUGAUGUGGUGGGCGGUAUGGUGCGCGGCGGUGGCUGCAGCCGGCGCCGGCGCAGCGGCCGCGCCCGCGCCCGACUCGCUCGCGCCGCUGCCCCCCCUCGACCUCGUACAAAUCGACCAACCCGCGCCUGACGAUGAGAGCCUGGGUUACGCAGUCCCACCGAUGGGCGGGCGCUACUCGGGUGGCGGCGCCCCCUGGCUGUACUACCUCGCGGAGCCCCACGACUCACAGAGGCUGUCAGAGCUGCAUGAAGGGCGCGCUCGGGCGAAGCGCAAGAUGCCGUCGCUGUCGAUCAACAACCCGAUGGAGGUGCUGCGGCAGCGGCUGAUGCUGGAGGUGGCUCGCAAGCAGAUGCGCGAGGCCAACCAGCGGCAGGCCGUCGCCAACAGACUCUUCUUGCAGAACGUCGGAAAACGAGGAUACCUGGGGAGCCGGGCGUCGGCACGUUACGGGAAUUAGAGCUACUGACCAUCUCCUUCAACGCAGUCUCUCGUCACUGGCUGGGGACAGGACGCCACGUCACUAAUUUAAAAAAUAUAAUAUUAAUGAAAAAAUAGAGUAUUCAUUUUUGAAUGUAUUUAUUCUUUACUCUGGCAAAGACUUCACGACAUACAGCCUAGUCUGAAGUUUUUGUACUUAACUGAAUUACUUCGUAUUUCAUUUUUGUUUUUUCUGCGUUCGUAUUUCGAACAUCACGAAUAACGAGUACCUAUUAUAAAUAAUUAUACUAUUAUUUUAAGUAAGAUUAGUAAGAUUGUGAUGAUAUUUUAUUUUUAUUCUAGUUAUGAAGUAAUCACUAUUUCUCUAGUAAGGGUACUGUUCGAUGUUUACUUGUAUUGUAGUUGUGUUGAAAGGUGUAAUGUUAUCCAGCUCAACAUUCGCCAUUCCCCUGAGGUCGUGACGUCUUGUUCGUGGCGGGAAGCGCUGCAUUCUUCGAUCCUCUAGCCUUUCCAUUACUAUUUUUAUACGCUUGUUAUCGUUAAAAUAGUGCUUAUUUAGUUAAUUGUAAAUCUUUCUGGCAAUAGUGAUGUGUGUACCAUACUUUCAAACUAUUCCUAUGUAUCUUCCAAGUUCGCUGAAGUCAUGCGACGAAACUUCAGCACAAGUUAUUUACUUACCAAUUGUAUUGUCUUGACUUCCUAAAAUAAUUUACGCCAAAUAUGUAACUAAAGUAAGAUAUAAAAUGAAAUAUUGCUAGCGUACUAGCAUUACGUUUAAUAUAAGUUUAAUAAUAUACCUACAGAUAGAUGUACCGCAGUCCGCAGCUACUAGUCGUUUAGUUUCGUAUUUUAUAAUGUACAGUGUAGCUGUUACAAAUGUAUAUUUUAUUUCCAAAUCGGUCUCUACUAGCAUAUAAACGUAGGCAAAUGUAAUAGUUGGUACAGUAUAAAUUCCGUUCAAUAAAAACGUUAUCUUAUUAUUAA